CCGGGUCGGGGCGCGCCCCACUAGUCCCGGCGGGGGUGGCCGGGGUCCCCCUGAUUCCCGAGAGAGAGCCGGCUGGGCGGGGCGAGAGGACGAGGGGGGAGCAGGAGGGACUGGGGAGGUCAGAGGUCAGCCUGGGGGUCAGGGACGUCUUAGGUUAUCCGCGGGCGGGGCUGGAGCGUGAGAGGGUCCCGGGAAGGUUAGAGUUCACAAGGGGUGGGGCUGGAGCGUGGCCGUGGUCGGAGUUAAGGAGGGGCGGGCUGGUGUGUAGGGGCCCCGGGGAGGUUAGGGGUCUAGAGGGCCCGGGUGGGUGCGUACCGGGGGAGGUCAGGGGUCGGGCGCGUGCCCCCCCCCCCGCCCCUCCCGGGCCUGCAUGGGGCUCCCCAGCCUGCGGGCGGCGGCCUGGGCCCUGAGGAGAGCCUGCGGACCGUGGACCCCGCGCCUGGGACCGCGCCUCCUCUGUUUGCCCCCCAUGGCAGGGAAUGGGGAGGCCCCCGUGCCCGUGGGGACCCAGCAGGAGCAGGACAGGAAGGGCCGGCGUGGCUGGCAGGGCACGGCCAGGAUCUGGGAGGAAACAGAGCAGCAGGCGAAGAAGCUCAAGAGCAGCGAGGACGGGGAGCAGCACAGGAAGCUGCCCAAGCGGAAGGUGGUGCUGCUCGUGGCCUAUUCCGGGAAGGGCUACCACGGCAUGCAGAGGAAUGUUGGGUCCUCGAAAUUCAAGACCAUCGAAGAUGACCUGGUGUCCGCCCUGGUCCGGUCGGGUUGUAUUCCUGAGAAUCACGGGGAGGACAUGCGGAAGAUGUCCUUCCAGCGCUGCGCCCGGACGGACAAGGGUGUGUCUGCGGCUGGCCAGGUUGUGUCCCUGAAGGUGUGGCUGAUUGACGACCUCUUAGAAAAGAUUAACAGCCACCUUCCGUCUCACAUUCGGAUACUGGGACUGAAGAGGGUCACGGGCGGCUUCAACUCCAAGAACAAGUGUGAUGCCAGGACCUACUUCUACAUGCUGCCCACGUUCGCCUUCGCCCACAAGGACCAUGACGCGCAGGACGAGACGUACCGGCUGCAGGCGGAGACGCUGGGGCGUGUGAACCGGCUCCUGGCCUGCUACAGGGGCACCCACAACUUCCACAACUUCACCUCGCAGAAGGGGCCCCGCGAGCCCAGCGCCCGGCGCUACAUCCUCGACAUGUUCUGCGAGGAGCCCUUCGUGCGCGAAGGCAUGGAGUUCGCGGUGAUCAAGGUCAAGGGCCAGAGCUUCAUGACGCACCAGAUCAGGAAGAUGGUGGGGCUGGUGGUGGCCAUCGUCAAGGGCUACGCGCCCGAGAGUGUGCUGGAGCGCUGCUGGGGGGAGGCCAAGGUGGACGUGCCCAAGGCGCCGGGGCUCGGCCUGGUCCUGGAGCGGGUGCACUUCGAGAAGUACAACCAGCGCUUCGGCCACGACGGGCUGCACGAGCCGCUGGACUGGGCGCGGGAGGAGGCUGAGGUCGCGGCCUUCAAGGAGCAGCACAUCUACCCCACGAUCAUCAGCACCGAGCGCCACGAGAGGUCCAUGGCCCAGUGGCUGAGCACCCUGCCCGUGCACGACUUCAGCGCCACUGCCCACGCGGCCGCCGGCCCGGGCACCAAGGUCCCCCGCGCCCUGGAAGGCAGUGACGGGGAUGGGGGCAGUGACUGAGUUGGCCCACGACACGCACCACGCACGCCGGGACCUGCCAGCUGCUGCUGGCCGCGUGCCUCGCCCGGACGGGACAGCCCGCGCCCGGCCUCCUCACCUCAGGGUCCUGAGACCUGCAUCUUUCUGAGUUUCCAUCACAGGGAGAACCUGCUGCGAAUCUGUUUUCAGCGCACGCGUUGACUACACACAACUCAGCACGUAAAGACACUAUUUUUUUAAAGAAGCGAUUUUCUUAUUAAAUAAGUACAAACCUU